CCGCAUUUCGCUUUCAAACCCUAAAUAGACAAACCGAUCUUAUACUAGGCAUGUUCCACACCCAUUCAAGCCAUAUGCAGACGCGUUCACCGGGUCAAUUGUCUGAGCUAUAGCUCGAUACGCAAGUCGCUGAUUGUGAUUAACGCCUUGACGCUUGAUAUGCAUAACAAAAGCCAAACUUGACAGCAUUUUGAUGUGAAUCAUGUAGGUUGACAAAUGAUUUUUCGUAUAAAACUAGAGCGAUUUUUGCUAAUCUGCAUCAAAUCGAUUUAGUGUCUUCGUUAGCAAACUACUGCUUCAGACGUUUCCGAAAGAUAAACCGAUUAACUUAAAAAUGAAUAAAUUUAUCCUCAUUGCCACCAUCGCUUCACUAGCCUGUGUUGCCCACGGAGCCAUUAGCCACGGCACUCACGCUGAGACGCUGAAGCAUAACAGCCAACUGAACCAGGAUGGCAGCUACAAACACGACUACCAGACUUCCAAUGGUAUUAGCGCUCAAGAAGAAGGCUACGGUGGUCAUCAUGCCAGCGGCGGUUUCGCAUACUACUCACCCGAAGGAGAACUCAUUCAGCUCUCCUAUUUGGCUGAUGAGAAUGGCUUCAAACCACAAGGCAAUCACUUGCCCACACCUCCACCAAUUCCACCACAAAUCCUCAAAUCUUUGGAAUACAUUCGCCUACAUCCAUACGAUGAGGAUGCCGCUCACCAUAAGCAACAGCACCAGCAACAACAACAUCGUCCACAGCAACAGGCUCGCCAGCAACAGUUCCAUCAUGUGGCGGCACCAAGCCAUCAAGUGAAGAACUUGCGUCGCCCAGCUCAACGUAGACACUUUUAAGAAACCAAAAGACGAAUAGUUAUUUUUAAUAAUGGACAAGUUCCUACAUCAAAGCUCAAAGCAUUGCAUUGUACAUAUUAUUCCUAAUGUCAAUAAAUACCAUUAACAAACGAAAGAUUACUAUAAAACCUCACAAAUUCAAACCAAUAUAGUUUAAUGUUUCU